AUGCCAUCUUCUAAAAUUGCUGUUAUUACCGGUACGAAUAGCAACCUUGGUUUGAAUAUUGCAUAUCGAUUAAUCGAGAAGAGUAAACCAGAAGAAACUUUGACGAUAGUGGUUACAUCGAGAACCUUACCUAGAGCUAGGGAAUGUAUUGAAUUCAUUGAAAAGUUUGUUGAGAAAGCGGGCAGAAAAGGUUCUGUCAAUUAUGAUUAUUUGUUAGUAGAUUUUACGAGUAUGGUCAGCGUACUAGACGCGUACUACACUUUGACGAAUAGAUACGAUUACAUCAAUUACUUCUUUGUGAAUGCAGCACAAGGUGUAUAUGCAGGUAUCGACUGGAUUGGAGCAGUGAAAGAGGUAUGUGCUAAUCCAUUAGAAGCUGUAACAAACCCAACUUAUAAGAUUCAAAAAGUGGGUGUAAAAUCUAAAGAUGGCAUGGGACUUGUAUUCCAAGCAAAUGUAUUUGGUCCAUAUUACUUGAUCCAAAAGAUUUUACCACUUUUGGAGGCAGGAAAGGGAACUGUUGUGUGGAUUUCAAGUAUUAUGGCUGCACCUAAAUAUUUUUCAUUGCAAGACAUUGAACUAUUGAAAUCUGAUGUGUCUUACGAAGGGUCUAAGAGAUUAGUCGACUUAUUACACAUUGCAACAUUUAAAGAAAUGCAACAGAAAGGAGUUCGUCAAUACUUGACUCACCCAGGUAUAUUUACAAGUCUUUCAUUCUUUCAAUAUUUGAAUGUAUUCACUUAUUACGGUAUGUUAUUAUUAUUUUACCUUGCUAGAUGGAUUGGUUCACCAUGGCACAAUAUUCAAGGCUACAAAGCAGCCAACGCACCAGUAUACGUAGCUACGUUGGCAAACCCACAUUUUGAGAAGCAGCACAUGAAAUACGGAUCCGCCACUUUCAGAGAUGGUAUGGAAUACAUCAAGACGGAUGAAGUUGACGUGACUGGAUCUGAAGAUGUGUACAAAUAUAUCAAGGAAUUGAAGUCUAAGUGGGAUGAAAAACUUAAAGACCAAAUCAAGCCAACUAGAGCGGCACUAUAG